AAUCAUAAUUAUUAGAAUAAUCGAUUGUCCAUCUAUUUUUUUCCUUCAACGACGUUCAGUAAUAGACUUCCAGGAAAAUGAGAGUGAUAUUUGGAAUGUUAAUUUCCCUGUUGCUAACACAUUCAUCUGUAGGAAUACAUAUUUUAAGACUGCUCACUGAGUAUGGCCUGACAACUACUUAUGGAAUAAGAACCGAGCAAUUACCAAGGUUUAAUGAAUACGAUUUUAUCAUCGUUGGUGCCGGACCCGGUGGUUCUCCAGUGGCCAAUCGUCUGUCAGAAAAUAAAAACUGGAGGAUUUUACUUCUGGAAGCCGGGGGACCCGAGGGAAUUUUGCAGCAAAUACCGAUGCUCCCUACCAUAAAUACUAAAUACGAUUGGCAAUACAAAUAUGAGCCUCGAAAAAAGGCAUGUCUGGGCCUGAGAGAUCGGAGAUGUCUCUGCCCAAAAGGCAAAUCACUCGGAGGUACAAGCACCAUAAAUGGUAUGGUUUACUCGAGAGGACACAAAUUGGAUUUUGAUAUUUGGGCUGAACAGGGAAAUUACGGGUGGUCGUACGACGAAGUUCUGCCGUACUUCAAGAAAAGUGAACGCGCUAAUCUGCGAGAACCAGUGGAUAAGUCAUAUCACGGUAAGAAUGGAUACGUGCACGUACAGAAUACUCCAUGGAGGAGCCCCAUGACAGAUCUCUUUUUAGAGGCCGGGAAAGAGCUGGGAUACGACAUUGUCGACUACAAUGGACGACAACAGAUUGGAUUCUCGGAUAAUCAAUUGACCAUGGUGAAUGGUACACGAUGCAGUGCCUCGAAAGCGUAUCUGCGGAUAAGGCGAUCGAACUUGGAUAUCGUGACAGAAGCCACGGUUUCGAGGGUGUUAAUUGAUGACAACAAUCAUGCCUACGGUGUGGAGUUCAUUAAAAAUAAUAAAACAUAUCGAGUUAAUGCGGGUAAAGAGGUGAUUUUGUCAGCGGGUACAAUCAACACACCGCAAUUACUAAUGCUCUCCGGUAUCGGCCCUAAGGAUCAUCUCGACGAAUUGGGAAUCAAAGUGGUGAAGGAUGCUAGAGUUGGAUACAAUCUAUGCGAUCAUGUGGCUUUCAUUGGACUAACGUUUUUGGUGAACCAAAGUUUCACAUUUCUUCAACAAGCGAUAAGUACUCCAGGAGCUGCACUUCAAUAUGCUAUCAAUGGAACAGGUCCAUUUUCCACCCCAUUUCCUGGAGGACUUGCAUUCACCCGCACCAAAUUCGCAACUGAUGCUCGACCCGACCUUGAAAUAGUUCUCCAAGCAGGAUCAUUCAACGUGGAUCCUCGAAAGGGAAGAGCACGGGGAAUAACCGAAGAAGUUUAUGACACCGUUUGGAAACCCCUCGAGGGACAAACUACCUGGGGAAUUUGGCCGAGUACACAAUUGGCACGUAGCAAAGGACGUGUCACGUUGAGAUCAACUAAUAUUAAGGAUCACCCAAUCAUUGAUGCUAAUCUCUUGGACGAUCCAAAUGACCUCGAAGUUCUUGUGGAAGGGGUUAAAUUCGCCAUUGAGAUAUCCAAAUCCAAGACUCUCCAGCGGUAUGGCAGUAGACUGCAUGAUAUAAAAAUUCCGGGAUGCGAGACAUUGGAAUUUAACUCUGAUGAUUACUGGCGUUGUGCAAUUCGACAAUUAACAACUACUUUUAAUCACGAGAUGGGCACCGCCAAAAUGGGUCCAGCUACAGAUCCUACAGCUGUCGUUGAUCCUGAAUUGAGAGUCCAUGGAGUUGGGGGAUUGAGGGUCAUAGAUGCUUCUAUCAUGCCGGAAGUACCAGUGGGUCAUUUGGCAGCAACAAUUUACAUGAUCGCCGAAAAAGGGGCCGACAUGAUUAAACAGUCGUGGCAGAAUUAAACAAUGCAUCACCAUUUCUCUUUCAUAUCAUCUAAUGCCAAGUGUCUAAUAUAUCAUUUUUCAGAAUUGGAAUAGAAGGAAAAGCGAUGAUUUAUCACUCAAUAUUCUGUACUACUUUAUGAGUAUAAAUAAUGUAAACAAGCCGUAUUUACUGGUACGAUUCGUUUAUUUUCCCAAGAUUGCAGACACAAACCCAAAUAAAGGAUUUCAAAUCGAUUGUGAUAAUCAAAAUACUUCGGGACAGCUGAGCAAUUUAUGAUAUGCGCAUUGGGUAAUGAGAUGCAUCGAAUAAUUUUACGCUAUAUAACUCGUUCU